UUUCUGCGACGAGCGCCACCGAUGUGCCACCGAACGAGAGCCUGAACUGAAACUGAUUCGGGAUAGCACACAGCACACAUUUUGUUGAAUGAGUAGGUGAAUGAGUGCUGCCCCAACUCGCUGGGGCGACACUGAGUGCUCCUGCGCAAGCGCCUCAAUUCCAGCGAGUGCCAUUUUGGGGUCCAUUGUGAACGGUUCGGCCACUGCCAUCGCGAAUUUCGUCCUUACAGGUGGCGCCACUCUUCGAUAGAUACGACGCGGUUUUUCUAAACGAUGUACCUAGUUUCGAAACGUAGCUAAUGGGUUAAGUUGACAUCUCUAUGGAUAUACUCUAAAUAUAUGUUUUGAUCAAGCCAAAAAUACAUUAAUUCAGUGAAGGAAAAUGUGGUAGAACUACUGAUAAGGUGGCUAAAGGAUCUAGAGGCACCAUUUUAUCCGAUCAGUAAAAUUAUGAACAAUUUAGCCGAUCGUUGUAUCCCCUUUAAGUUUAGGUUAAUUGUUGGUUACUCAUAAGACUUAAUAAUAUUAUUAAUAUUUCUGAUCCCAAUGCCCAAAGCCAGCAUACUUUCCUCAAUGACUUCAUAACAAUUGCUCUCUGGAAGACGUAUAGCAAGUGAUAAAAGGACCACGUCCCCUAAGUCUAAUUGAGUAAUUGCAGUCACACAUAAGACCGGACGCCAUUUCCUUCAUUCCACAGUCAUUAGGCCAUAUUCCGGUGCCUCGAAAUCCCGCCCAGACCUUAGUAGUUAGCAUCUCAGCGAGUGGGGUAAGUAACCAAACCAAUUGGGUGUGACCAGCAGGUGACCAUGCCCGUUUAACUAACCACUUGCAUGUUGUCCUUUGUUGGGGGAGGACUGUCCUGGUCCCGCGGUUCCCCGCAGUUGCGCCCCCGAUCCUUGCGGUAUGUAAAGUGAGUGGGUCUUUAUCCUGAGGCAUGCGGCACCGCACCCAGUUUCUUGGACUCGAGUCGAGUUUGUUGUCAUUUUCGCAUUCAUAUCCACAAUGAACCAGGGACGGAUUUUUACAAAGGAGGUUGAGUUUAAAACAGAUAAACAGAUAUGAAGAAACUUAAUAGCACACUACCUAUACUAUAAAAUCAAAACUAUUGAAAUCGGGAAAUGGUUUCAUCGUUUUUUCUAAUAUACUUCCUUUAUAACAUGAUAUUCAAUGUUCUUAAGGACUAACCUUUAAAUGAUUCUCAACUAAUGUCGCUGAGCACUAAGGUUUUCAAGAUUCCUCCAUCGGAAGCAAUCCUGCCCUGUGUCUAGUAAAAUAUCUAUCAUUGCCUUUUCUAGUUUCAGGCUUCAUUUGUCCACGGGAGGGGAUGGCUCCUUUGUUUGUUAUUUUACAAGUUAGCCAUUUUCCGCCACAUGGCUACACCCCGCGAAUUAUUUUCCAGAAGGAAGGGAGUGUGUGGGGCCGCGCCUCCCUUACCAACUUAUUUGGUGGGCCAGGCCAGUUCGGACCAGUUCCUGGGCCAGCAGUAAGAACUGGAUUGGCCAGGCAGCCGGACGUGUUUCGGGAGCAACUCCGCGGUUCCAGCACCUGACAGAGCUCACAAAUCAAGCGGAAAAUGGAUGACGAUUCGGAUAUCUUCGAUGAAAUGUGGCUGGAAAGUGUGGUCAUAGCGGGCUUCCGAGUGUGGCACAUUAUCGCCGCCGUUCUGGGUGUCCUCCUCCUAAUAAUGAUUAUGGUAUGCUGCUGCAUUCGCUUCCGUAUUCCGCGCACCAAGCAGGAAAUCGAGGCGGACUACCAGCGCAAGCAGAUCACAAAGAAGUUCCGCGAGAAGCUGCAGCAGAUCAAGAACUCCGAAAUGGACGACAUGGACCUGCAGAAGGUGUGUGCCCGCAUCCAGAGCGACUAUCUCAACUUCCAGGUCAGCAUGGAGAGCAUGAACGCGAAGCAGAAUGUUAAGUUUAAGAUCUAAGUGCCUGUUAUAGUAUUGUGCAGCGGAGAUGGUAUACCUAAGCAAAAUAUUAGUAACCUAAUGUCUUAAUUAAUGCAAUUAAAAGCUGAUAAGCUAAAAAAUAAAGUGUAUUCGAGCGCCUGCAGCUAGCUAGAGAUUAAAA